ACAAUCGAAAAGGAGAAAAACACAACGGCAACAAAGGGAGAGACCAGGCGAGAAAACGAGGCAGAGACGCAAUCGGGCGUCCGAAGAAAUUUUGGCUAACGGAAGAAAAGAGAUCGCGACAAGAUUGAAGUCUCUCUGGAUUUACUGUUGUAUAAUUUUCUCCGGACAUGGAUGAGAAUUUAGGUGAGAAGGAGAAACUAAGGGCUCGCAUCAAACAACUGGAACAUGAACGUGGCGAACUGCAGAAAGAUAUCGAACAGUUGUGUAUGCAACAAGCUGGACCCAGCAUCCUUGGCGUGGCUACUCGAAUGCAUCUCCAGAGGACAGCAAACCUGGAUCAGGAGAUUGAAAGCUUGAAAGUGAAGUUGACUGCUUGCACAAGGGAGAAACUGAAUCUUCAAGAAGAGCUUGCAGAAGCUUACCGGGUCAAAGCUCAAUUAGCAGAUCUACACGCUGAAGAAGUGGCAAAGAAUUUGGAAGCAGAAAAGCAAGUUAAGUUUUUCCAGAAUUCUGUUGCAGCUGCUUUUGCUGAACGGGAUAACUCAAUAAUGGAGGCUGAGAAAGCCAUGGAGAAUGCAGAAAUGAUGUCCCUGAGACUCAGCGAAAUUGAGAAGCGGUUGGAAGAGCUUAACUCAGAUUGUCUUGAACAGAAAAGACUAAAUGAUACAUUGCAAGCUGACUUGGUAAAUCUUGAGGAAGAGACUAGAAUCUAUGUAGAGGUGAUUGAUAAGUUCUACAAUAUCAGGAAAAUUUCUCUCGGCGAAUCUGAGGAAAUGAGUUCACAUGAAAAAUGCGCGUGUUUGUUAGACGAUCCUGAAGAAACAUGGACUUUCAAUGAUCCUUCAACAUCGAAAUAUGUAGCUGCUUUGGAAGGGGAGCUACGGAAGAUUAAGAGCACCGUGGAUAGUCUUCAGAGUAAAUUACGAGUGGGUUUAGAAAUUGAGAACCAUUUGAAGAAGAAAGUUCGUGAGUUGGAAAAGAAGAAUAUUUUUGCAGACAAGUUGAUUCUCAAUGGCAUUGCAGGUUUACGCCAUUAUCAUUCUCAACAAAGGGCAUGCAUCAUGAACUUGCUUAAUGAGGAAGGACAACACAUAAGGUCAUUUUCUGAAACACUAGAAGAAAAGUUCGGUCAGUUUCUUUCAGCAAUGAUACAGGAUUCGGUGCCACGUCAACCUGAUGUGAAGCCAAAUGAAGAUGAAUGUCGGGAUGUGCACAUGACUACAGUUGUUGAAUCCGACCAGAUAACAAAGCUUGGGGAGACUGCUCUACCAAAAGAGUUAGCUGAAAAUAAAGUUGAUGCAUCUGAUGAAGCCCUUACACAAGCAUUGCAAGAGAAGGUUGCAGCUCUUUUACUUUUAUCACAGGAGGAAGAGAGGCAUUUGCUCGAAAAAAAUGUGAAUGUAGCUCUCCAGAAAAAGGUAGAAGAGCUCCAGAGGAAUGUCCUGCAGGUGACCAACGAAAAGGUGAGAGUCCUUCUGGAGUUAGCACGGCUAAGACAGGAAUAUCAAUCAUUGAAAGAGAAAAUGGCUGAGACAGGGGGGGAAGAGAAACACGAAAACAUCGAAAGAAGAAUUAUAACUCACGAGAAAGAGGGAAGACUAAAGAAUCUGUUGAAGAAAACAAAUAUAAACCGCUGGAUCGGUGUGAUGGAACCGAGUUCAAGAGAAGUCGGAGCUCACUUAUACAGUGAAGCAGAUUACGCCAGAAUGAAGAUAGAAUAUGCAGCUUUUAAGGAGAGUUUGGAAAGCAUGGGGCACUUGACCAACUCUGUUCGUAGACUCCGUCUCGCCCUCUUGAAGGUAAAGGAGUCAAUGGAUACCGAAAUGGCGAUAGGGAGAUAUGGAGAAGCCAUUAACAAGAUCAUAAUGGAGGCGAACCGUCUGAAAACUGCCCUCGGGAUCUCCAUCCCGAUAAGCUGGUCAGCGGAGGCGGACGCGGAAGCAUCAGGGGACAGCAGUGAAGGAGUAGUAGACUCUGUUUCGGCUGCAGGGUUCGAGAUGGUUGAGCUUGUUGUUCUCGCUUCUGAGAUACUGAGAGGCAAUGGUAAUAGAAGAAGAGAUCAUCGUGAAACGUAACCCACUCAUGUUGCAUGGAAUCAUACAUGAAACCAUUAUUCAUGGACUAACCAUACUGUUAAUUAAGUGUGCUGCUCUAUGAAAUGAGGUAUAAACACGA